CUAAUAGGAUACUCUGUCGUGGUUCGUCACAGGGUUUCUGGUACCAACCAAACCGAGUCUGUGCAAGCAAGCAAGCUAGCAUCUUCAAUUUCUUUCUUUCGUUUGUCAAAGUUUCAAUCUUUUCUUUUCUUUUUUGUUCGGAAAUGGUUCAUGAUUCUUCGAAAAAGGAAGAAGAAAAUCUACAAGAAGAAUGAAUAAGAUUUUUGUUUGGUAUCAUCGGGUUGUCGUGUUCUUGUUGCUUACAAGGGUUUGUUUAACGUCACCACUUCCACACACUGAUAAUGGUCAAGUAGAUUCAAAUGCUGCAAGAAAUCUGAAUCAGGAGCAGGGUGAUCAUCAAAUACAUUGCUCUAGAGAAAGAAGUAGAAUAGCUUGGAAGAUAAUUCAAGAGUAUUUAACGCCAUUUGUGGAGAAAGAAAAAUAUAAUAUCUCAAGAAAGUGCAGGCUUCAUCCUGACAAUGAUAUAUACAGAGAUCAGGAACAACAUAAAUCUCAUAUAGAUAUAAAUGAAUGGAAGUGUGGAUACUGUAAGAAAACUUUCUAUGAAGAGAAGAAUCUUGAUCAGCAUUUUGACAACAGACACUCCAAUUUACUUAAUUUGAAUGAAAGCAAAUGCUUGGCAGAUAUAUGUGGAGCACUGCACUGUGACCAUGAGAUUAAUUCCGGAUCAAAAAAAUCUAAGUGCAAUCCUGCUGCUGCUGCUAGAAAUAAACAUUUGUGUGAGAACUUAGCCGAUAGCUGUUUUCCUGUUAGCCAUGGUCCUGCAGCAAGCCGGCUUCAUGAAUUCUUCUUGCAUCAAUUCUGUGACGCUCACAGCUGCACUGGAAGUAAGCCUUUCUCCAGAGGGCGCAGGAAAAAGACAAAUGUGUUCUACAUAGUUGCCUCUAUUUUUCUUGUGACACUGCUGUUACUUUACUAUCUCUACAUUUAUUUAUAUCAGAGAGGAUUAAAAAGGGAAACUCAAAUGCUGAAGCGGAUAUCACAAGCCGGCCGAAAAAAGAAGCCAUCAUAAUCAAAAGAUCUUCCCUUUAGAAGUUCUCAACCUGGUUUUUGAGAAAGUAAAAGGUGUACCUAAUGGUUUCAGCAAGAAAUGUACUGCAUUUGAAUUUCCAGUUUACACCUUUUCUGCUAUAUGCAAGUGAAAGUUUGACGAAGAAAGUGGUCUCAGGCGUCUUUCUGUUUUGUGAGUCGUAAGCUGAAUUAUGUAAACUUAGUGCUUAUUUUAGAUACACGUUUCCUUCACUUUCGUGAAUUUUGUAAAGCUACAAAUUCAAGCUUUGAAUUAAUCACACGUUAGGAAUAGAACUUUCCGACAUGGAUCCAAACAGAGGCUUAGACUUUGUUAACACAACAGUGAAAUGUAUGCAUAACAUGACUAACAAGGGAAAUAGCAUGAAACUUUAUACUGUAUUUCCCAAAUUUGUUUACUGAAUUUGAUUAGAAAAUCAGUUGUUAACAUUUUCAUAUUCUA